AUGGAACGAAUAUGGUUACUGCUCCUCCUGACAAUUCAGGUGCUUUCGGUGACUGCACAGUUCAAUGGAUAUAACUGUGAGGCCAACCUACAUAGCAGGUUUCCUGCUGAACGAGAUAUCAGUGUCUACUGUGGAGUUCAGGCAAUUACUAUGAAGAUUAAUUUUUGCACAGUUCUUUUUUCUGGUUAUUCUGAAACAGAUCUGGCCCUGAAUGGGAAACAUGGGGACGCUCACUGCAAGGGGUUUAUAAAUAACAACACCUUUCCAGCAGUGGUCAUUUUCAUCAUCAAUCUCAGCACUUUGGAGUCCUGUGGAAGCACUCUAGUGGUAUCCUCCGUUCCAGGCAUCAAUGCAUAUGGGAAUGUAUCAGUGGUACAGAUAGGUAACGUUUCAGGUUACAUAGAUACGCCAGAUCCACCAACGAUCAUCAGCUACUUACCAGGGCUUCUGUACAAAUUUAGCUGUAGCUACCCAUUGGAAUACUUGGUCAAUAAUACACAAUUGGCUUCGUCAUCAGCUGCUAUUUCUGUAAAAGAGAACAAUGGGACAUUUAUCAGCACUCUGAGUUUGCUGCUUUACAAUGACUCAACCUACAGCCAGCUGCUGGUUAUCCCCAGUAUAGGUUUACCUUUGAAAACAAAAAUAUAUGCAGCAGUGCGAGCAACCAACCUAGAUGGCAGAUGGAAUGUUUUGAUGGACUAUUGUUACACCACUCCAUCUGGUAAUCCCAAUGAUGAGCUUCGAUAUGAUCUCUUCUUUAGCUGUGACAAGGACCCACAGACCACUGUAAUUGAGAAUGGCAAGAGCCAGAUGGGCCGGUUUUCCUUUGAGGUGUUCCGCUUUGUGAAGCACAAGAACCAGAAGAUGUCUACAGUCUUCCUCCAUUGUGUGACAAAGCUGUGCAGAACGGAUGACUGUCCCUUUCUUGUACCUAUUUGCAGUAACAGAGAAAGAAGAGAUGCUGUUAGGAGAACAACUUGGAGCGCUCAGAGCACCUCUGGAAAUGCUGUAAUCUCUGCUGGCCCCAUCAUUACAAGGAGCGAUGAGACACCAACCAACAAUUCACAGCUAGCUCAUCCAAAUGGACCUCCUUUCCAGCUGAACUCAGUCACCAGUGCACUGAUUUCAGGAAUAGUCAUUCUAGGGAUUAUGAGCAUUUUCUUUUUUGUAUGUUCCCUCACCCUCCUGCGCAGGAAAUGGCCCAGCAGCUCAGUUUUGGGUGGCGUACGAAACCCAGUUUUCAACUAA